GAUGCCUGAAAUGAUUCUCUCUGUUGGUAAGUGACUGUAAGCAACCAUUGUUGCAGAUCAUAAUAGCUACCAUAGAAAUGUUAUGCACCCUUUGUGGCUAGCUAGUAACACAUUCAUCAUUCGCUGACUGCUGAAUAUUAGUAAACAAAACAUGAAUUAUGAAUACACGGCUGAUGUGAUAAACCGUCACAUUUGGGAAUUGCUAGCGCUACGCAUCAGACGUCCUCAGAGCAAUACAUCUGUUUAAUAUAUUUUCUUACCAUUUUUGUCGCCUUUAACGCUAAAUCUUCAAACAUGCGUGAAUGUAUCUCUAUCCAUGUCGGUCAAGCCGGAGUCCAGAUCGGUAACGCCUGCUGGGAGUUGUACUGCCUUGAACACGGCAUCCAGCCUGAUGGUCAGAUGCCCUCAGACAAGACCAUCGGAGGUGGUGAUGACUCCUUCAACACCUUCUUCAGUGAGACUGGGGCUGGAAAGCACGUUCCUCGGGCCGUCUUUGUCGAUCUCGAACCAACUGUUGUCGAUGAGGUACGCACCGGAACCUAUCGCCAGCUUUUCCACCCAGAGCAACUGAUCACCGGAAAAGAGGAUGCUGCCAACAACUAUGCCCGUGGGCAUUACACCGUCGGAAAGGAGCUUAUUGAUAUUGUCCUCGAUAGGAUCAGGAAGCUGGCUGACCAGUGCACAGGUCUUCAAGGAUUCCUUAUCUUCCAUAGCUUUGGUGGUGGCACCGGCUCUGGCUUUACCUCCCUGCUAAUGGAGCGUCUUUCCGUUGAUUACGGAAAGAAGUCCAAGCUUGAGUUCGCCGUCUAUCCAGCUCCACAGAUCUCCACAGCCGUUGUAGAGCCCUACAACUCCAUCCUUACCACCCACACGACCUUGGAACAUUCCGAUUGUGCCUUCAUGGUCGACAACGAGGCAAUCUACGAUAUCUGCCGUCGUAACCUCGACAUCGAGCGUCCCACCUACACCAACCUGAACCGCCUCAUUGGUCAGAUCGUCUCCUCAAUCACUGCUUCUCUUCGAUUCGAUGGCGCCCUCAACGUCGAUCUGACAGAGUUUCAGACCAACUUGGUACCCUAUCCUCGCAUCCAUUUCCCACUGGCUACCUAUGCUCCAGUUAUUUCUGCCGAGAAGGCAUACCACGAGAAGCUCACUGUUUCUGAGAUCACCAACGCUUGCUUCGAGCCCGCCAACCAGAUGGUGAAGUGCGAUCCUCGUCAUGGUAAAUACAUGUCAUGUUGCAUGCUGUACCGAGGUGAUGUCGUCCCAAAGGAUGUCAAUGCUGCCAUUGCAACCAUAAAGACCAAGCGUACAGUCCAGUUCGUUGACUGGUGUCCAACUGGCUUCAAGGUCGGUAUCAACUACCAACCACCCACUGUCGUUCCCGGUGGUGACCUUGCCAAGGUCCAACGUGCCGUCUGCAUGUUGAGCAACACAACAGCAAUCGCCGAAGCCUGGGCCCGCCUUGACCACAAGUUCGAUCUGAUGUACGCCAAGCGUGCUUUCGUCCAUUGGUACGUCGGAGAGGGUAUGGAGGAAGGAGAGUUCUCCGAGGCCCGUGAAGAUUUAGCUGCUCUUGAGAAGGAUUAUGAAGAGGUCGGAGUUGAUUCCGUCGAUGCAGAGGGCGAGGAAGAGGAAGGGGAUGAGUACUAGAUAGAGAUCUCAUCAUCUAUUCUUAGUUUGAUUAAUAUUUUGGUUUUUUUUAACACAACAUCGUUAGAACCUGUUUCUUUAUUUAGUACAACUCCAAUUUGCGGGUCAUGUUUGUCUACAGACCUCGUUACAAACAAAAGUACUCCGACUUGGUAAUUUUCGUGUUUAUGAUGAAAUUUAAUUACAUUACAGAUACUUUAAUACAGAAUUGUUUGCAAACUCAAUAAUCAAAAUCAAUAUUUUUUAUGUCAGUGAUUUAGUAAAGCAGAGGCCUUCCCUAUCGCUUUACAAACAAUUAAAUGUGAGCCCAAAUUUACCCCCCCCCCCUCAAAAACGAAAAAAAAGUAUUUUGGGUAAAAUAAGUUUAAAAAAUAUGAGAAGGGUUAAGUUAAAUAAGAUCCAGAAGGGCUGAAUAAAAGAAUUUAUAUGAAUAUUUCCAGGUAUCAAAUGCAAUAAAAUAAUUUAUUUCAACCUGAUCACAUGAUUUGCAAGUUCAAUUACCUGUUUAAUGUAAAGAGUGAGAUGGAGAUAAAAAGAUAGAUAUACAUGUGAGAGAGAGAGAGAGCGAGUGAGAUAGAGAGAGAAGUGGGGGAAGCCUCGAUAUGUGUGUCUGAAAUGGAUACUAAUGUGUAAUUUUGUCUGUGUGCUCAGGAAUGAAAGAGGGGGGGGGGAGGAGAGAGAGAGAGGGCGUAAAAAUAAAAGUGAAGAUGUGUGUGUAUGGCAGUGUGUGUGGUGUGGGUGUACGUCAGUGGUUAAGUAUGAAUGACAAUGAAUUUACAGCAUAAUUCGAAAGAGUGUGAAGAUUUCAUGGUUUCAAUAGGAUGAGGAAGAGAAAGUGGGUGGGAGGAUGUGGGAGAGGAAGUUAUAUAAUGUGGGGGGGUGUUGUUGUGGGUGCAGAUUGAUGUUUAGGUGCCGUGGCCGAGUGGUCUAAGGCGCCUGGCUAUACAUGGAAAGUCCGGGGUUCGAUCCCCGGCCGCGGCACCUAUGCCCGUGAGCAAGGCAUUUAAUCUACAAUGCUCUUUUAUCCUGCUUUCAAAUAAAUGGAAAUGCUAUAUGCAUUAUUGGAAACUAGAUGUGCACUUAUUUAAAAAAAAAAACAAUGUUAAGGUGUGUGGGGGUGGGACGAUAUGUGUUGUGGGACGUGUGUAGGGCGAAGAGACAGUGUGUGAGAGAGCGUGUUUGCUUUUGUGGAUGGGGUGGGUGUAUGUUAAUGACUGCAAAAUGUGUCAGUUGGACGAUGCUUGUGAGUGUGUGUGGGAUUUAAUUUUUGGCGGAAAAUGGAACUAUUUAUGUAACAAUGAAUUUAAUAGUCUAGAUCUGAGUUACGAACAAAGGAACUAAUUCAAACGGAAGAAAAUGGGACAAAGCCGGGAUGGCUCUUUUUUAAUAAUAAUUUUCCACACUGUCCAAUUCAUGAUCAGUAAACGAAUUUAAAAAAGAGAACAUAUCAUGGGAUACUAAAUUUAUGAAGGGCACUGGCUUAUUGAUUUCGGCGCUUGUGUAUCUCCCCCCCC